CAAGGACAAUUACCGGUGCCGUCAAAGCAGCGACUCUCUUUUCUUUUAACCGAACGAAUUACGCUCUCUCGUAAAUCGUGCCAUCGUUUGAAAUUCACUCGUCGUCGUCUUCGAUAUCUCGGAGUCGAACGUACUUGCGCAAGUGCCGCCGCUUGACCAGUCGCGUGCAAACAUGGCGGCCGGCGACGCUCGCUUUCGCGCCUUUUCUCAGCUGACACGACCGACGGGCGCACCAAUGUCAACGGGCACGAAAACAUCGCCGGAUCGGCGGGCGUGGAGUAACGAGCCGAUAUGGAUCAGAAAGCAAAACGGAUCAAGCUGUCGAAGGAAACAGCUAUCGCCGAGAUUGCGUCGUCUAUCGACGACGUGGCCAGUUCCUUGAAAUCUAUCGCCGAGAGCCAUAGCGAGAUCCUGCAGAUAAACACGACUGUCGUUGAAUACUUGCAGAACCGUGAGAGACGUCGGAGAGCGAUAAACCAAGGUCCAGAGGCCGCGGAACCAACGGACGUCGAGGAAGAGCAAUAGCAAUUAUUUUUUUUAGAGCGCGAAAAUGACGGACAAACGUGCCCAAGCAGUUUCGGUUGCGAAUCAUUAUUUCGCGUUGGUCGAUGGAAUGGUUCCCGGUUUUAAGGAUCAUCUUGCAGAGACCGUAGUACUCAAAUGGUUCGGAAACGUGGUCAGGGGAAGAGAAAACGUAGUUGCUUUUUUGAUGUCCAAUAAAAAGGGGUCUUUUCACACGUUUCCCGACAUUACGGCAAUUUCGAAUAUGUCUUGCAAAAGCGAACAGUCGAAUCGGACGAUAAAACGGCCCUUGGAUCAGAACGCUAACUGCGAAACCUACACGAACAAUCAUUUACACGAAGAUCAUGCUUCACACGAGACUGAAAUGUCAACGACCCAUAAAAUCGUAAAAGAUUACAAUCCGAAAAGCAAUGCGAAUGUUGCGGACAUACAUGAAGCAGUUUGUAACGAAUAUGAAUUUUACUCCGAAAAGUUUAUAGACGAACUGGUGAAAAUAUCGGAAAAUCUCGACAACGUGGACAUCAAUCUCGAAGUGAAUGAAAAUAAAUGUAGUGCGAGUGCAAUCGCCGAGAUGGAUGACGUGGGUUAUGACGAUCUUAACGACAACAAUCUCUAUAAUCUUUUCGAGCCCGAGAUUACGUCUCAGCCUAUCGUCGGGAAGAUACAGAACAUUAAUAGGAUAAAAUUGAAAGAGGAAAUGGCACCAACCGUCAGAGCCAUCAACAGAGAGUACGGUCAAGGAGAUGGACCUGUUACUGCUGAAGCUAACGCUACUAAGUACCUGGAAGCGAACGGAGAAAUAAAAUUUAUACGAAUUUGUGCAGAUUCAGAUUCUCCGUUCUUAUAUCAUUGGUCAAGACUCUGGAAAAAGAAAAUGUGGAAACGACAAUGCACUCUGCAGAUCGCGUAUUCGUCCCUAACCGAUAACGAUUCGUCAAAAGUUGCUACAAAAUGCUACAAUAAUGCUACACAGGAAAAUGCAUACCAUAAUACUUGCGUUUCGAAUCUUUCAGCAGAUAUAUGCCAGAAUACGAAUGAAAUGCAAGAAAGCAAAUUGCCAAGUUUGGAAGACGCAAUUAAAAUUAGCGGUACAUUAAUACAGGAUGUAAAUCAUUUCGGCGGUUACCUACAGCCCUUAAACUUUUCCGAAGAUCGCGAAGAUUUUCUAAAAAAGUUCGAGGCUGCAAUAGCGACAGAUAAUUCCGAAGUGCAUUUCUCUGCACAUUACGUCAACAAUAAAUUGAUUUUCAACUCUACAACUAAAAAGCCGUUUAAUGUCAUGUAUCAAAUCAAUAAGAUCGUUUACGAAUAUCCAAAUGCAAUGCGUCUGGCACACAAGAAACGGCAGAUGCAAGAUAAUACUAUUGCACAAGUUUGCGACUAAUGGUGAUUACAUGUGUUCAGUUAGAUAAUAUUGUCAGCUGAAUCAAUUGACCGGAUACGCUUCGCGAAUUUUCAUUCAUAGCAACAGAACGCUGUUUCCUGUGUUAAUCGAGAAACUAUUUAAUUUUUGCAAGGUUGAAAAAACAUGCCAAGCCGAAUUAACAAUGCGCUCUUUGCGAUUAGAAAUUCUCUUUUGUAUAAACAGGUCAAUGCGAUUAAAAAAUUUGUCGAUAAUGUACCAUUGUACGUACAAUGUAUAAUGUACAAUUUAUC